CUCCCAAGACAUUACGUCAACUUUGUAUUAAAUAUAUUCUAUAUUUAGAAAUUGGUAUAAAUACACUGUUUAAAAUGUCAGUAAGACAAACAUGUUCUUUCAUUCAAGAAGGAAACAUGUGGAAUUAUCAUAUUUCAUAAGUAGGAAAGAAAAUAUUGCAACAAUCGGACUAAAAUUUUCCCACAGAACCAAGUGAAGAUUUUAUAACAAAUUGUAUUUAAUGUCCCUCACCAUGUCUGGAGAGACAAAAACUGUGAUAAAAGGAACAUCUUCCAAGUAUGUAAAGCUGAAUGUUGGUGGAUCCCUUCACUAUACCACCAUUGGGACAUUAACCAAACAAGACACAAUGCUGCGGGCAAUGUUUAGUGGCAGAAUGGAGGUUCUUACUGAUUCUGAAGGAUGGAUAUUAAUAGAUAGGAGUGGAAGCCACUUUGGAGAAAUCCUGAAUUUCCUCAGAGAUGGCUCUGUACCAUUACCAGAAACCAGAAAAGAAUUGUUAGAACUUUUACAAGAGGCUAAAUACUUCUUAGUUCAAGAUUUAGUAAGGAUUAUUGAAGCAGCUGUAAAACAGAUGGAGGCUGCUGUUGAUCCUAUCUGCAAAGUACCUUUAAUCACAUCAGGCAGAGAAGAACAACAUUUAGUCGCAAACACGCAGAAGCCUGUGGUUAAAUUAAUUUGCAACAGACACAACAAUAAAUACUCUUACACAAGCAAUUCAGAUGAUAAUUUACUGAAGAAUUUAGAAUUAUUUGACAAGUUAUCGUUGAGAUUCAACAGAAGAGUUUUAUUUAUCAAAGAUGUAAUAGGUAGUAAUGAGAUAUGUUGCUGGUUUUUCUUCGGACAUGGUACAAAAAUAGCAGAGGUGUGUUGUACAUCUAUAGUAUAUGGAUCUGAUAAGAAAAAUACUAAGGUUGAAUUCCCUGAAGCCAGGAUUUAUGAAGAGACAUUAAAUGUUUUACUGUAUGAAAAUAGAGAUAAAGGUCCUGAUCAGGAAUUGAUGCAGGCUACUAGGGGAUAUACUGUUGGUGUUAAUGGGUACCAGAGUGACGAAGAGGUAGAUGACAAAGAAAGACGUGGACGGCGAAAAUAAAGAUUUCAUAUUGUAAAAUUGAAUAUUGCUUAAUUGAUUUGUUUAGGCUGCAUCUGUGAUGUAAAUGUUCUAUGUCCGUAUCAUGUCUAGUCAUUUUGGAUAUGUUUUUAUCAUAUUGAUAAAGGAUAUUCUGUUCUGUCACACAAAGAAACAUUCAUAUUUUCUUAUCCUUUUCAUGUGGUCUUUUUGUUGAUAGUUGUCUCAUUGGCAAUAUACCACAUCUCUUUAUUUUCAUAUGUGUACCUUGUAUUUGAUUAUUUUCAUGUUUCUUUUUUACAAAACAAACUAGUGAAUGUUUUGGUUUAUUUCAAUCGUGUUAACAUUCAUAUUUUCAUUUAUACUACGGUAAUAAUAAUUUUUUUUUUUAAUAUUUAUACUUCAGAUUUUGAGAAGUUUAGAUUUACCCUUUUUUUUAAAUAUCUAUAAACAAAAGGGUUUCUUUUGUUUAAAGUAAUGAUAUGAAUUUCUUUUUUCUUUUCUUUUUAUGUUUAUUUAUAAUUUAAAUUAACAGCAUUAUAGUAAAAAAGACAUACCACAAUCAAUGUUAAAAAGGGGGAAUAACUGUGUUUGGAAUUGGGACUACUAGAGUUAUCUUCCAUUUACUGUAGUAGUUUGUGAGGAUAAAAACCAAACAUAAAUUAUUAUUGUUUUGUUACAUUUAUUUAUACAGAUCUUAAGAACUUGAUUGUGCAGAUGUAAUAUUUAUUUGUUUGUAAAUAUUAUGAAUCAAAUGAGUUUACACAUACAUUUCAAGAAAGACUUCAUCAAAAUGAACACUGCAAAAAAUAAAAUGACUUACAAUAUAUUUUAUAGAUCAGUUUUAUUUACAAUAAAGUUACUUUGGUCAAUCAGUGUAUUGGUCUGUGGUCAAUCAGUGUAUUGGUCUGUGGUCAAUCAGUGUAUUGGUCUGUGGUCAAUCAGUGUAUUGGUCUGUUGUUGCAAUGACAAAAUAUUGUUUACUGUUUCUCUAUAUUUAAAGCUUUCAGUUAUUAAAUAAAAUUGUUAUACAUGC